AUGAAGUUUGAUCUAUUACCAAAUGAAAUAUUUAUUGAAUGUUUCGAAUAUCUUAGUGCAUUUGAUAUAUUUUAUUCAUUUGAUCGGUUAAAUUAUCGUUUUCAUACACUUAUUCGAAAUAUUUUAUUACACUUAAAUCUUAAUUAUAUGAAUAAAUUAUUAUUUGAUAAAUUUUGUCAUAAAAUGUUAUUAAAUUCCGAAAUAAAAAAUCAAAUUAUUUCUUUAAAACUAUCGAAUAAAAACACAUCUGGUCAACUUAAUGUAUUUCUUUCAUUUUUUUCAUUCAAUGAAUUUUGUCAACUUCGUUCAUUAACAUUAAUUGAUCUCAAUCAUAAUAAUUUCGAACAAAUGAAAUCAAUAUUACUUUUAUUAUCUGAUUUUUUCAAUGAUUUGAUGACACAAACUUGUGAAAUAUUAUUUCAUUUAUCACCAUCGAAAAUACAAUUAACAUCAAUAUUAAAUCUAAAUUUUAAUUCAUCAACUAGUCAUAAAACAAUGACAAUAACAUCAUUAACAAUUCAUCAUUGCAUUUUAGAAGAUCUAUGUCAAUUAUUUAAAUAUGUACCUAUGGUGAAAUAUUUAUAUAUUAAAGUAUUUAAAAAGUCUUCAUUUAUUAACAAUGAAUUAGAUAUUAUUGAUUUUUAUGUUAUUUAUUUAAAAAAAUUAGUUAUCAACUAUUCUGAAGCUAAUUUUGAUAUCUUUAAAUUAUUAUUAAAACGAACACCAAAUUUAAAAAUCUUAACAAUAACUGUUAAAUAUGCAUUAGAUAUAAUUGAUGCCGAACAUUGGCAAAAUUUAAUUGAAUCUUCAUUACAUCAUUUAAAUAUUUUCAACUUCAGAUUUAUUGUUUGGAUUGAUUAUGCUUAUAAUGAUAUUUUAAAGAAAUUUCAACAAUUUCAAACUGAUUUUUGGCAUAGACAACAUCAAUGGUAUACCAAUUAUGAAUUAUGUUCCAUGACAGCAUUUAUCUAUACUAUACCUUAUGUGUGGAAUUUCUAUAAUUUAAAAUCGGAUAUGAAAAGAUUCAGUAUUUCAACGAUGAACAAUUCAAAGACAUUUGAUUAUGUUACAGAAUUAUAUUUAUUUAUAAAAAUGAUAAAUAAUAAAUCUGAUUAUUAUUUCCAAAAUGUUAAAUUAUUAACAUUAAUGAAUGAACGAGAUUUAUUUGAAAGAUUUCUUGACUAUAAUCUACAAUCAAAAAAAAAAGAAGCAAAACGUUUACAAUUUCUUAACAUAAUUAUUAAUUUAACUAAUAUUGAACAUUUAGAUUUAAAAUCGAUAUCUAAUGCUAUUUCACCAACAAUAUUAUUAGAAAUAUUAAGGCAAACACCAAAAUUAUCAUCAUUAGUUAUUGAAAAGCCUGCAUUAAUAUCAUGUUUCACCAAUAAUCAAUUAUGUUGGUAUUUAAAUAAAAUGAUUAAAAUAUUAGACAUAACUCACUAUGAUGAUCAUAAUGAAUUCAUGAAUAUCUUUGAAGGUCGUGAUAAUAAAUGCAUUAAUUCUGGCCACCUUAUAUCAAAUAGUUUUAAUUUUUACAUAAAUUCACAAUUAACAAUAUCCACACAACCACAAUCUGAUUAUUGUUUAGCACGUUCAGAUUUGUCAGCUAAGAGUUUUUAG